UUUUUUAUUAAUUGUUUUGUCAUUGGCUUGGCACUUAUCACUGAGCUACGUAUGAUAUUGUCUGAUGAUGCACCUCAGUACCUGUCAAAAACCUGUUGAUUUUGAUAUAAAAAGUAAAAUCAGUUAAAAAAAUUUUUAAACAGUGUUACUCAGUAAAGAUACGGUAGCUUUAGUUACAGAAAACUGCAGAAAGAUUGAACUUAUGGCAUCAAAGCAACCUGAGAUUGAAGAGCUCAAGUUGCACGUGACGCUUUCAGAUGUUGGAAAAUAUUCCUUAGCCCAACUUUGUGUGUAUAUUUUGUGUGACAUAAAUGAAAGUUUGUUUGACAUUAAAUGGUCUGAAGAUUUCAUCAUAAAACUUGUGUUAGAUAUGAACCUACCAAACUCAGUUUCUACAUCACUUUCUUUAAUGCUAAAGGAAGCUAAAGGAUGUGAAAGUGACCAAAAUGUGGAGAUGUUAAUAAAUGCUUUAAAAAAUGAAGAAAGUUUAUGUGGAGAUGUGAGUAUUCUUUGUCAGGAGUUGAUUCGUUUGUCAGUAAAACAGGGUUGUUAUGAUGCUAGAGCAAGGAUUCUUAUCUUCAUUGUUUCACGAAAAUUUGGUAUGAAUGAGGACUGUUUCCUUUCUUAUGAAGAUGAACUAGCAGAUAGUCUAAAUAAUAUUAUGAAUGGAAAUGAUGAGGUUCACGAAGAAGCUGAUAAAAGAAAGUCGUACAGAAAGAAAAAGAAAGCAUUUAUGAUAGGAUUAGGUGUAGUUGCUGGUGGAGCAAUAAUUGGUUUAACUGGUGGUCUUGCAGCACCUGUUGUUGCUGCAAGUGCUGGUGCAAUAAUUGGUGGAAGUGGAGCUGCAUUCUUAGCCUCUUCUGCUGGUUUAGCUUUUAUAACUUCCAUAUUUGGUGCUACAGGAGCUGGUCUUACUGGAUACAAGAUGAACAGACGUGUUGGCAUGACUGAAGAGUUUGAGUUUUUAACAUUGUCAAAUAGUAGAUGUCGUUUAUAUUUAACUAUCUGCAUCUCAGGUUGGCUUACACAAAGUGGUACUGACGAAUUUCUCACACAAUGGUCAACUUUGUCAACCUCAGUUGAGGCCUAUUCAUUGGUAUGGGAAAGUAAAUUUCUGUUAGAGUUAGGAUCAGCUAUCCAAGACUUUAUCACCAGUUAUGUUGUUGGCACUGCAACUACGGAGGCUCUCAAAUACACUGUUUUACAAGGUAUAAUGGCUGCUAUAGCAUGGCCAGUCACUCUAUUGAAUGCUGCGAAAUUGAUAGAUAACCCCUGGGGUGUAUGUGCGAGCAGGGCGAAAGAAGUUGGCAAAGAAUUGGCAAAAGUUUUGAUUUCUCGCGAGCAAGGAAGACGUCCAGUCAGUUUGGUUGGCUUUAGUCUAGGAGCACGUGUUAUCUUUUACUGCUUGGAAGAAAUGCAAGCUUAUGAUAAUUCGUGCGGUAUAAUUCAAGAUGUGAUUGUGCUAGGAGCACCUGUGACGGGUCGUGCAGAGAAAUGGCAACAAUUUUCUAAUACUGUUGCUGGGACAAUAUUUAACGGUUAUUGUCAGAAAGAUUGGCUACUUAGAUUCAUCUAUAGGGCUUCCUCUUUGCAGGUAAGUAUAGCGGGACUGCAUGAAAUUACAUGGGAGUCAAAAAAACUGGUGAAUGUUGACCUUACUGAAAUCAUUAACUCUCAUAUGGACUAUGCAGAUCCUGAAAAGCUACGAAUUAUCUUUGAAAUGAUUGGUCUAAAGACAAAUACUGACGAAUUAAUUGAUAAAAAUUGAAUUUUAAAUUUUGGUAUUGUUGAUAAGCAACUUGAUAGUUACGAAUACUCACUUGGAAGAUGGCCAAGAUUAGCUGUUGAAACUCAAUUAAAUAUAUUUGGUUGCAUCAAACAUGCUGUUCGUUUGGUUUACAAAAUACCACGAAAAGAAAUUGUGAGUUUCGUGUAAACGCUAACACUUUGCUACUGCUGUGUUGUAGUGAACUAUUUAGUCAUCAGUAAUUAUCGUAUCCAAAACUUUAUCAAUCAUAUUUACACUUAUGAAAAUUAAACCAAUAAUUGAAUGUUUGAUCAUAAAAUCAUAAUAUAAAGUAAAAGUAACGUAUAAUAUAAUAUAUUGCUAGAUUGAUCAUAAGUAAGAAAAUUAACUAACAUUUGUACUGUGCAUUAAACAUCAGUAGAGAAAUUAUUUCUAAUAAUCAUUUUUUGCUACUAAUAAACGAUGUAAAAUAAGUAAUAUGGAAUGCAUAUUAUCCUUUUCUUAUUAAAUUUUCGGUGCUAGCCAAGGCAAA